UAUACUGUAACAUUAACAGCGCCAAUGCCAAUGUUGCUGUAAGGUGUUGUUGGCUCCCGCCCUGGAAUGAGUAAGCAGCUAGUUUAAGCAAAAGGAAGCGGCUUGGAAAGCAUUGAAAUGACGCCCGGUUAUGUACGGACAGAUAAUUCGUAUUUGAAAUUCAGAUUGGAAUCACUCACUUCGCACUUCCGGCCAGGGUCUAAAGCAGAUCGCGGGUUCUAAGAUCAUGUUCGAUAAGGAGCUGCAAUCAGCUUGAACCCCACCAUUUCUCCUGCAGCUGCAACUUGACCCAGUUCCUCACCACUUCUCAACAAACCACUUCCAGAUCCAAAGCGAUCCAUAGAAGCAGCAAUGUCAAAACAAUACCUCACCGCCCACACAGUGGACGAAGCCCAUCCCGCUGAGAUCUUCUCCCUCGCGCCCACGCCGACCUCACUCCUGUCGGCAAGCGGCUCCUCAGCCCUCCACGUCCACAGCACGACCGACCCGUCCUUCCCCCUCCAACAAACGAUUCCAAACGCGCAUAAACUCGGAUGCCACCACGUCUGCACGGCGCGCGGGGGAUUGGGCAACGUCGCCGCGAGUGUCGGCUUUGGCGGCGAGAUCAAAGUCUGGCGCCUGGGGCCAUCAUCAUCAGAAGGCGAAAAGCGAAACGAGUGGCAGCUCGAGUGGGAACUGCCGCCGUCCAAGACCAACGGCGGCGAUGUCUGGGCCGUGGCGCUGAGCGCCGACGAGGAGUACCUCGCGUGCACGACCAGCGACGGGAGGAUUCACGUGUGGGAGAUCGGGACGCGGGAGAAGAUCCAGACAUACGAGACCGGCGCCAGGGGAGGGGGCAGUUUCGCGAUGGCGGUGGAUCUGAGUCGCGACGGCAGGCUGACGGCCAGUGGGCACGAGAGCGGCGCCGUGUACGUGUUCAAUAACGAUGCGGGGAGGAUGGUUUAUUCGCUUUCCGGCCUGGCGAAACCUGUGAGGGCUGUUGCGUUUUCCCCUGGGGGCAAGCGUCUUGCUGCUGCGGGCAACGCCGGCAUCAUUGCGCUUUAUGACAUGGAGCAUGGCGAGCACGUUGGCAACCUCACGACGCCCAGCGGCCGGCCCGCGUGGAUUACCUCGCUGGACUGGAACGACACGGGCGAGUACCUUCUCAGCGGGUCGCUCGAUGGCAAGGUCAAGGUCUGGGAUGUGGCACGCGGAGCCUGCGUGGCGACACACAGCGAAACGGAAUCAGCUUUGUGGAGUGUCAGGUGGCUUCCCAAGACGGAGCGGGCCCUGGGGCCGGGCAUGGGCAAGAGCGAGAUGUUUUGCGCCGCGGGUGCGAGCCGCAGUCUCUCGUUCUACCGGGAAGCGACUGGGUCAUGAGCGUGAUGCUUCGGGAUCGGUUGCUUCGGCAUGGGCAAGCUGAGAGGAAUGUUGGCAUGUCAUUUGCCCAACUGCUUGGUGGGUGGGAUAGAGAAAAUGCAUGGACACGGCGCUCGGCCAGAGGAGUUGCUCGAUUCUGUUAAUGGCAGCCAUAGCUGACUGACCUACGAGAUUUCGGUCCCUCUGACUCCAGGAACUCAGUUACGGGCUCCGCGGCUCAAGCUCUUGCUGUGCUAGACAUCCUUCCAUAGACCAAGUUCUGUAAAGGGCUUGUCGGGUUGACA